GGCUAUGCUACGACCCCGACUCAGCCACCCUGCUGUUCAGCUCGGUCGCAAUUCUGUUGUUUCUCAAAGUUCAAACAGUUCUCCGCUCGCGGCCUCUGCUCAAAGCAUACUACUGGGACUACUGUAUCACACAUCUACAUCUUCAGAAUGAGUUUCGGCUUUGGUGUCGGAGACUUCCUCGCCACUCUGCAACUCGCCGACAACUUGAAGAAGCGGUUCGCACAAGCGCCCAGUGGUUUUAAGGCCAUUUCUGCAGAUGUGAAAAGCCUGUGGGCUGUCCUCCAUGACCUCGACGACAUUCCGAAAGACGGCCUCAGUGCAACCCAAAAAGCGGAACUGGAUGUCAUCGUUCAGCGAGGCCGCGAAGUUCUAAUGGAGAUCGAAGGCAAGCUUAGCAAAUACAAUGUCCUCGCGUACACGGCCUCGGACUGGAAAAGCAAGGCGACUCGGGCAUGGAGUCGAGUGAAAUGGGAUCCGGUUGAAGUCGACAGCCUGCGGAACCGUAUCACAUAUUGUCUUUCGCUGUGGAACUUGGUCAUGAGCAAGAUGAAUCAGUACAUUGUACUCUGGCUCUCGUUGGGAGGAGGUUUGGCCACUGACCACAACGCCGAUAGAGACUUGACAGCCGACAUCGGGGCAGAAGUCCACGCUAUGAAAGACACCCACGAUGCGCAGUUACACAUCGAAAUGCUUGCCUGGAUUUCUCCCAUCGAUACCUCGGAACGGCAGCGGAAGUCCUUUGACAUCCACGGCGAAGGAACGGGUAGAUGGUUCUUGGAGAGUGAACAAUUUGUCCGCUGGAUUUCUUCCGACGCAGGCGAUCACGCCUUGCUCUGCACUGGAGCUCCCGGGGCAGGCAAGACAAUCCUAACUUCGAUCACAAUCGACUACCUCCAGAAGAAACAUUCCCACAAGGACGGCAUCGUCAUCGUCUACCAUUACUUUCAUUAUCAAGAGCAGCUUGGAUAUUCUGAUAUCCUUUCCAGCUUUCUGAGACAACUGGUCCAGGCCAACCCAGGCCUUCACGAGAUCAUCGCUAGGAAAUUUCCCCGACGAUGGCGAGCGCACAACCGCCUGACAGGCGAACAAGUGCAAGAAACAUUGAAGCUUGCGUUAGUUGAGUGUAACGAGCUUAUAUAUGUUAUCGAUGCACUGGACGAAUGUUCUGACCUUUAUGUGCGACGUCAACUCCUUGCCUGGGUCAGGGACACCCUAAAGCCCAACGGCCGUACUAAGGGUAGAUUCCUCGCAACAGCCCGUCACGGCGACCAUUUUGGCAAAUUCUCCCCUGGAAAUGUGACUUGCUUGGAGAUCGAAGCGAGCAGAGGCGAUGUGGAAAGCUUUCUCGAUGGAAACGUAACAUAUUUGCCAGAGUUCCUUCAGGGGAAGCCCGAGCUCUGGAAGUAUAUUCGACACCAGAUCAUUGAAUCCGCGGGAGGGAUAUUCCUACUGGUUCGCCUCUACUAUACCCUGCUUCUCGAUGAAAAGAACGAAAAGGGCGUCCGAGCGCUGGGAUAGAAACUGCAUUCCAACUCGGGAGCUUACGAUUACGCAUACGGUGAGACGAUGAAGAGGAUCGAGCAACAGAGCGCCGUCUCCCAGGAUCUCGCCAAGCGAGCUUUAGCAUGGAUUGCAUUCUCUGCACGACCACUCUCUGCUGUAGAGCUACAGGACGCUAUAGCAGUGGAAAUUGGUGCACCCGAGCUCGACGAAACCAAUGUAACUGGUAUUGACGAUAUAGCUUCCGUCUGCUGUGGGCUAGUCGUGGCGGACAA